AAUCACAGUGAAUGAUUAUUGAUUAGCCAGCUGAGGCUUGUAGACAUUGAAAUGGCUUGAGGAUUAAAUACCAAGUAGUUAAACUACCAGCCGAGUGGAUGAUCGCCGGGCUGGGAUGUGAAGUAACGGCGGAGGCAGCAUCGACACUUGUGACUUUUUUUCUGGGAACGAUUCAGUCCAUCCGGUGAGUGAAGCUAUAACCGAUCACUGGAUUAAUAACUAGUCAAUGAACCCGCCAGGAGCAGUUUCGUCACAGCAAAGCGACACAGAACAAUGAAGCGCCAUGUCCAGAGCAGCCGCCCCCCGCAGGAGAUCACGGUGCUGGUGUCACCAGCCUCAGCUGCCUCUUAAACAUUAUCACCAGUGUAUAAACGGGCCUGUCUACUGUCAGGGCUCUGGUGGAGCAGACGUGAGGAGAGAGGCCAGCAGGAAGUCAUGGAGGAGGAGGUGAGCGUGGAGUAUUUACUGGAGCAGGUGAUGCACAACGACGCGGGGAAGAGGCUCCAGGUGGGCCAGGAGGUCACAGAGCUCAUCCUGGACGGGGAGAAGUCCCCCGAGCUGGAGCAGGACCAGGCCACGCUGGACAGGAUGGUGGAGGCGGUGGCCGGCUCCUGGGUCAACUCCAGCAACUUCAAGGUGAGGACAGGCUGUUGGUUUAAAGGUGGAGACGCUUGUUGCUGGAGGAGAGGUGGGAAGAAUGAACACACUCCAAGUCUGUCACCAUCAUUUUAAAAAUAACUGUAGAGAUGCUGUGAACAAGACACUUGACUCUCAGCUGUUGUUACAGCUGCUUCUCAUGAAUGAAGAGUCCUUCACAGGUAAUGGAGAUAUUAGUUCCAUUAGAGCUCAGCUGAGCAACAAACUAGUCACCUGUCACAGUGUUAAAGCUAAAGAUGUGUGACUCAGUGCUGCUGUAAACAGCCUCAGUCUCCACUUUAACUGCCUGACUCAGAAAAUAGUGAGAAAUGUCGUCACAGACGCCCAGAGCUCAAAGUGAAACAAACCCACAGUAGAAAACUUCAGAAUAAUUAGAAAUAAAUGAAA